GCGGGAGGUUGGGCCGCCGUCCUGCGGCUCUGGGGGCCCGGGGGCCCGGGGCCCCCGAGCGCCCGCGCCUGGCCGGGGGCCGCCGGAUCCGUCGGGAGAGAGGCGGUGGCCGGCGCCCAGCUGUCAGCGGCCGCGAUCGGUGCCCGCCGGCUGGGUCGGAGGCUCGGGCCCGCGGAUCGCCCGCCCACGGCCAUUCAUUCCCGCGGCUGUCAGGCCUCCGCUGAGGCCGAGACCCAGCCGCCAGCGCAGCCCCAGAAGCAGUGGCAGAAAGGACAGUACCUGCUGGUGCCGCGUGCGACUGCUGCUUCUCCACAGGUGGCAAAGGCGGUGGCCCGACCACGCUUUCUCCCCAUGGGCGCCUCAGAAUCUCCGGAGCACCAAGUUCACAUGUGCCGGGUCUCCACAGCCUAGACGACAGCCUGCCUCUCACAUGCGCUAACAGAGCAAGCUGGGAAGGUGCUGUUUAACUCCAGCUCGAUGGGAAAAGACCUUUGAACCCACUGUGGAGGGGAAACAGAAGGUUUCGCUCUGGAGUGCCAGCCCCCUGGCCCCCCAGAUAGCUGAGAAGGAAGCAGAAGAAGCCAAGCUCACACACACCCCAGGCCCACCCAUACUCCUCUGAAGAAAACCCUUCAGAGGAUGGAUGAGUCCGACGAAGACUUCAAGGAACUCUGCGCCAGCUUCUUCCAGAGGGUGAAGAAGAAUGGCCCCAAGGAGAUGCCUGGGGAGAGGAAGCCCCGCAAGGCCUCAGAGGGGUCUCAGAUCAGAAGCAGACCGAGAAGGACCAAGCAGACUGCCGCCAAGAGCAAAGCCCCCCCAGGCCCUGCCGAGAGGAAGACACGAUCCGGCAGCCAGGCCCCCAGGGCUAAAAAGCAAGGGACGAUCAAGUGGCAGGAGAAUGAGCCAGCUGCUCCUGAGAACGGGGAGGAGGUUCCCCUGAAGAGUGCCUGCAGCACCCAGACAGGUGUGCCCAGCAGUGAGUCCCAGUGCCCGCCCUCCUCUUGCCUGACCACGACAGUGACCGUGCCUAGCCCCUCCAAGCCCCGGGCAGCAGAGCUAGUCCUUCAGCGGAUGCAACAGUUCAAAAGAACACACCCUGAGCGUUUGAAGCACACUUGCGAUGGGGGCUCUCUGGAGGCUGCUCCCGAAGAAAACGCCCCAGAGGAGCCAGAGGAGGAGGCCCUGAAUGGGCUGGGGCCUGGGCUCCCUGCCAUGGAGAGCGACGCCGCGCUGGCCUGGGCCCUGCAGCAGGAACUGGGGCAGGAGCCAGCACCCACGCCCCUGGAUGGCCUGGAGGAGAAGGGGCUGUUCUUCUGUCAGAUCUGUCAGAAGAACCUGUCAGCCAUGAACCCCACGCGGAGGGAGCAGCACGUGAACCGGUGCCUGGACGAGACUGAGAAGGCACUGACACCCGCCGUGCCCCAGGUCCCCGAGUGCCCCAUCUGCGGCAGACCGUUCCUCACCCCGAAGAGCAGGCUCAGCCACCUGAAGCAGUGUGCGGCCAGGAUGGAGGUGGGGCCCCAGCUCCUGCUCCAGGCUGUGCGGCUGCAGACAGCACAACCCACUGGGCCCCGUGGUGAAGCUCCAGCCAGUGUCAGCAGUCCCAUGGGGGUUCUGAAGCGGAAAGCAGCCGCCAACAAGAAGAAGGAGCCACAGAAGCGGAGGAGGGUCGGCGGACUGAAGGCACCAUGCGAGGACGUGCUGGUGGCCAUGGCCCUGUCACGCUCGGAGAUGGAGCAGGAGUCCCGGCUGGCGGGGCUGGGACCAGGCAGCACUGCGGAGAGGACUCAGCCACCAGCAGAGAAGAAGGGUCGCAGGAAGAAGGCACUCACGGCCGCACCGCAGCUGCUGGUCCAGGACACAGAGACCACAGGCAGGCAGAUCGAGGAUCGCAUCGCCCAGCUCUUUGCGGAGGAGCCUGAGUCACUGCCAUCCCACACACCACCUCUCCCGGCCAGCGGGAUCCUGCAGGGCGAGCAGGGGAAGGCCAGAUGGUGCCUGCCGCCUCCACAGGGGAACCCCAGCUUCCUGUGGUCAGGCAGUGCCCUGACAGCCCCCUGGGAUACCACCUCCUUCUACACGGCCAGCCUGGUCCCGCCCCUGGUGCCCCGGAAGCCCCCAAAGGCCCUCGUGCAGGAGCCUGCACUGGCACUGCAGCCACCAGAGCCACUGGAUCGGGGCACCCGGACACACCCUGCCCACCCUGUGGGGUGUGGCCCUGGUACCUCGUCACCCUCCUCCAGCCAGAGAGAGCGGCAGGCCCUUCAGGACCUUGUGGAGCUGGCCAGGGAGGGGUUGAGUGCCAGCCAGUGGCCCAACAGCGGGAGCCACACCAGCACCAGAGGGGACAUGGGCUCCGAUGAGGCUCCUGGCAGCCUUCCCCUGACGGGCUUUGUCCUGCCUGCUGAGGAGAAGCACUCAGAGGAGCCGAGCCAGGCAGCGCUCGCCCUGGGUCUGCUGCUGGCCGACUUCGGCGCCAUGGUCAACAACCCCCACCUGAGCGACGUCCAGUUUCAGACAGACAGCGGGGAGGUGCUGUACGCCCACAAGUUCGUGCUGUACGCCCGCUGCCCACUCCUCAUGCAGCACGUGAACAGCGACAGCUUCCUGGCUUCAGAGGACGGCGACCCACGAAGCCAGCGUGUGCUGCUGGGUGACGUGAGCGGGGAGGCCGCCCGCGCCUUCCUGCACUACCUCUACGCAGCCGACACCAGCCCCCCGGCCCACCUGGCCCCUGACCUGAGCUCCCUGGCCCGCAGGUUUGGGGUGAGCGAGCUCAUGCACCUCUGUGAGCAAGCAGCUGCUGUGACAAACACAGAGGGUGCCCGCUGGGAGGAGGACGUGGCCUGCCAGGGCCGAGCCGAGAACUUCCAAGAGCUGCUAAGGUCCAUGUGGGCCGGGGAGGACAAGGAUGCGGAGGCCAUGUCAGGGCCCGAGGCCCACGACGAAUACAGAGAAAAGGUGAAUGAGGCAGAAAUGGACGAGAUCUACGAAUUCGCAGCCACACAGCGCAAGCUGCUGCAGGAGGACAGAACCCUGGAGGCUGAGGAGGACCGACUUGGGGAGCACGGUCCGGACUCUGGACGCACACUGGCCAGCGUCCCUGGCAGAGAACUCCCAGAAGACACAGAGCAGGUGGGCCCGUCCCAGCCAGACAGGAGCAAGGCUGCAGCCCCACAGAGCCGUGUGAGCCAGGCUGUGUCACCCUGCAAGGACCUGUGGGCUGAGGCCCCCAGUGAAACGCCUGACCCCGCCCGCCCCUGGCGCCCUCCUCGGGGCUGCCGGACCUUGAGGGGAGAAGGUGCCUACCUGUGCCCAGUCGAUGUGGAUGGCGAUGACCAGCCCUUCCCCUCGGCACAAGGACACCCUGCGCCAUCCCAGACCUACAGUGAUAGGGGGGAAGGAGGCCACGCAGUCCCCGAGAGGCAGGGGAGGAGUUCCCAGCCUCCCUCACACCCAAGCUUCUCCCUGUCCCAGCCCCCUCCUCAAAGUGGAAAUCCCCGGCGGUCUCAGCUCCCCAGUGAGUCCUCCCCACCCAGGCCCCUGUCACAGGGAGGAGCUUCCCAGACCCCCUGGCAGGACUCGCCAUCCCAGCAGAGGAGGGGCAGGGCUGUCCUCACAGCACCAGCACGGAAGGGCCUCCAGUACAGCUCCACAUUGGAUAGUGGGAGCAGAGGGGUCCUGGUCUCCCCUGAGAAGUCUCCCUCCAUUGACCUCACGCAGUCGCGGCCUGGCCCCGGCUGCUGCAGGCUCUCUCCGGCCGCCAGGGCCCCCAGUGUGAGCAAAGACGACGAGGUGAUUCUCCUGCUGGAUUCUGACGAGGAGCUGGAGCUAGAGCAGAGCAGAGCAAAGGCUGCUGUUGACCAGCCCUCAGAAGAACAGGAAGUGCUAGAAGCCAGCCCCACAUCCUGUGAGCUGUUCCCCAUCAUCGAUGUGGACGAGGAGCAGGACGGUUCUCAGAGCCCCCCGGGGGGAGAGGCCACCCCACCUCAGGGGGUGGAGGGGGCCAGGGAUCGGAGCUCCCUGGGCAGCAGAGGGACACCCCAACUGUUCCAGGACCCCGAGAGCAGCCACGAGGACAGCACCACAGACUCCUCGUGGCUUGUGCCCGCCACCCCGCUGACCAGCAGGAGCCGAGACUGCUCGUCGCAGACCCAGAUCUUGGGCCUGAGGCCCCGGGAGGCCUUGGCAGCCAAGCUCAGAUCGGGGGGCCCACCGGAGGGGAGGGCCACACCUGACGCCGCCAAGCUCUCCUUGAGCGUGCCCCAGACGCCACCUGCUAGCCCCACUCCCCCGGUUCCUGGCAGCCCUGACGGAGGCAAACAGGUCCCCAGGAGCCCCUGCGGCCCCCAGCCCCGACACCACUUGAUGUCUUCACCGGCAUCCUGCUUGGUCCCCAGGAACCUCCCCGCUCCCCCCCAAAAGUUCUGGGGGCCUGGGCCCCCUAGUCAGGCCAGUGAGGUGGUAGAGGUGGGGGACAGCGAAGAGGAACAGGAGGCAGCUGCCCCCCCGGUGAGAAGCAGCCCCCUGCCUGAUAGUGACCCCCCGAUCCCCGUGGAUGACUGCUGCUGGCACGUGGAGCCCCUCUCGCCCAUCCCCAUCGACCACCUGAACCUGGAGCGCACCGGCCCCCUGAGCACCAGUAGCCCUGGUGGUGGGUACAGCGGGGACCCGGGCUCCCCUGCGUUGAGUACCACCCCCAUCCGAGGGAGCCGCACCAGCCGCAAGAGGACUUGGGAGCGGUCCCCACGCACUAGCUCUGCGGGGAGCAGCAGGCCCAGCUUCCUGAAUUCUGCUCUGUGGGAUGACUGGGACUCAGAGGAACCCAGGUCCCCAGAGCUCCCAGCCCUGGCCCACACGCCCAGCAAGCAGGCGCCUGCCACACUAGGAGGCCUCGAGACGCCCAAAGGUGCGAGUUGGAAGAAGAACCUGCCCCCGAAAGUGCCCAUCACCCCCAUGCCCUGCUACUCUGUCCUGGAGACCCCAGAGCUGAAGAAGCAGCUGGACAGGUAUGGGGUACGCCCCCUGCCCAAGCGCCAGAUGGUCCUGAAACUGAAGGAGAUCUUCCAGUACACUCACCAGACACUGGAGUCGGACUCGGGGGACGAGGGCCAGUCCCCCAAGGGGCUGCCAGAGGCUGAAGGGGCAGCUGGCUGCACCCAGCUGGGGGCCACCACGGCAUCCACCCCCCAAAGGUCUAAGGGCCCCCGAAAGCGGCAGCCCAGCAGAAGAGCCCCCCCUCAGAGCACGGCCCCAGCCAAGGAGGUGCCUCCAGGCCCCAACAGUGCCCAGCCCCCGGCCUCCCAGGACUGUGCAGCCACCUCCCUGGAUGUCAGCGAUGGCUCCCUUAGCUCCUCCCAGAGCUCCUCUUCCUGCGAGGCGGGCGUGGCCUUUGAGUCUGCUGGAGAUGAUGAAGAGGGCGAGGAGGGGGUCAGCGCCACGCAGAUGGGCGCCAUGGAAGAGGCGCUGUGCCACUACCUGCGCUCGAGGCCGGCCCUGUACCGCCGGGUGCUACAGUACCAGCCGCUGGAGCUGGCGGAGUUGCAGGCCGAGCUGCGGCAGCAAGGCCUGCGUGUGGCUGCGCGGACUCUGCUGGACUUCCUGGACGCCCAGGGCAUCACCUUCACCACAGCCGCAGCCCGAAGGGAGAAGGAACAGAGGGCCCAGCGUCGGCGGCCCACAGGCAGGAAGAAGGUGGGUGGGAGCAGCAGGCCCGUGGCCCCCUCCCCACCCACAACCACCAGCCCCUGAGGCCAACGCAGCCCUGCAGGGCUGAGGGCACAGGCAACAGUCGUGCAGGGCCCAGGGGUGUCCAGGCGAGCCUGCUACCACCAGCACCUGGGCAGGGCCCCUCCAGCCAACUCUGUGGACCCCACCAGCUGGCCCAGACAUUAUCAUCACCACCAGCAGCCUCCAGCCUGUGUGUCUCUUGUUCUCACCACUGCGUGACCUGGGGCAGUUAGGGGUUGGGCUCUGGCCCGUGUUUUUGUGAACGUCCUUGUCUGUCUCAGAUAUGGUGCAGUCUGUCUCUAUGAUGUGCAAUAAAGUCCAAGCUUUACACACCC